CAGCCUCGGCCGCCUGCGGCGACCGGCGGGCUCCCGAGCCCGAUCCCGCAGCCGUUCGCGCAGCCGCCUCGGCGACUGGGUGCUCCCCGCCGGCAUCCGCGCGGGACCGGAGUGCGUGUGUGCGCGCCCAGCCCAGGAAUGGCUUGGGUGGGGGCGAUGCUGCAGGGGCGCAGCUUUGAGUCCUAAGAGCAGAGCCUGGGUCGCCGGGGCCUCCUUCCCAUCUCAGCCUCCUUCUGUGAUGUAAAACAGCCUCCGGAACUCUUUUUUUCUCUGCUUGCCGCGUUCUGGUGACCUCUGAGUUUGAAGACGCCACCCCUGAUCACCCACUGGAUUAUGCCCGUGGCUUUUCUACCUGAUGAUUCUCUUGCAGCAGGCUGGACUUCCUCCACCUAAGCGGCCCUCGACCUCUCCUCCUAUGUCAGUGGCUGCCAGGUCCACAAGGACCUUGCAGCUUCCACCACAGAAGGCUUUUGGGCAGGAGACAUCCUUGCCCCUGGCAGGGGAAGAAGAGUUAGCUAAGGGAGGGGAGCCAGACUCUGCCCUGGAGGAGCUCUGUAAGCCCCUCUUCUGCAAACUCUGCAAUGUCACCUUGAACUCUGCUCAGCAAGCCCAGGCACACUAUCAGGGUAAAAACCAUGGCAAGAAACUCCGAAAUUAUUACGCAGCCAACAGCUGUCCUCCUCCAGCCAGGGUGAGCAGCGUGGUAGAGCCUGUAGCCACACCCCUCCUUCCUGUCCCGCCACAGGUGGGCUCCGGCAAGCCAGGGGGGAGAGUGAUCCUGGCCACAGAGAACGACUACUGUAAGCUGUGUGACGCCUCCUUCAGCUCCCCUGCGGUGGCUCAGGCCCACUACCAGGGGAAGAACCACGCCAAGAGACUUCGUCUGGCUGAAGCUCAGAGCAGCUCGUUCUCGGACUCUGCAGAGGCAGGGCAAAGGCGGACCCGGAAGGAAGGGAGUGAAUUUAAGAUGGUGGCCACCAGGAGGAAUAUGUACACAGUCCAGAACAAUUCAGGUCCUUACUUCAAUGCCCGCUCUCGGCAGAGGAUCCCGCGAGAUCUCGCCAUGUGCGUGACUCCCAGCGGCCAGUUCUACUGUUCGAUGUGUAAUGUUGGCGCUGGUGAAGAAGUCGAGUUCCGGCAGCAUCUGGAGAGCAAGCAGCACAAGAGCAAAGUGUCUGAACAGCGCUACCGGAGCGAGAUGGAGAAUCUGGGCUACGUGUAGCCAUGGCCGCCUGCGCUCCUGGAGAAACUGGUCCUGCCUGUUGUUUGCCUUCUGUCAGCCUGCCUUGCUUUGUGGUCCCCUUAAUCCAUACAUUCCUCAUUCCCCUGCUGAGGAUGGGUAUCUGCAGUCCUACCAUGAGUACCACUUGGGGUGGGGUUUGAGCAGGUGAUGGGCUCUCCUGGAAAACACCGUAUAUACUGUCAAGCGACUUAUAGUAUGCGACCCACCUGCCCCGUCGGAAGUAACUUUUUUAUCUUGGCCAAGUUCUGUUUCACCAGGAGUAGCCUGACUGCUUAGAGCUAUGACCAUUUAAAAACGGCAUCUACUUUUGCAAUUUUAGUUUUAUGCAUAUUAGGUGAAAAAAACUUGACUUCAGUUUGUCCUUCAGAUUAUAGUAAAAAGAUAAACAGAUUCCCAUUUCCUGAUGUUCCUGGGGAGCCAUCACCCCAGUGUGGUGCCGGGCUAGUACAUGUGCUGUUACGGUGUGUGCUUGGGUCUCUCGGCAACAGUUCGUCCCCUGGGGCGUGUCUCUCUGUAAUUGACACGCAGGCUCUUUUGAAUCCAGACACUUCCAGAAUACGUAGGUUCUUUUGAAGCUGUGACUUUAUCUCCAGUUGUGAAUUGCACACAUUUAAUCCCCACCUCCCCCCUCCUACUUGGGUCGGUGUGUUUGCUGAGAUCAUCUCAUGCCCUGGUCGGACUGUCAGUCUGGGACUCAGAUUUGACUAUCUGAUGAGUUGAAGAUGGAUUAUUCUUUUAAAAAAUAUAUUUUCAGAUGAUUCAAGGAAAUGCAUGGAUGUGUUUGCGGUUUCAAUUUGGGAAUUAUAUUUUCACUGAUAAUUGCGUCAACGCGUCAUUGUCUGUGGCUUUUUGAUGAUUGUGUCCUGGCACCGCCCUGGCAGGUGACGGGCCCUCCUGGGAAAUACCACUCUUUCUUCCGUGGAAAGUUUUUUUUUUUUUUAAGCUGAUCGAGUUUCAGUGUCCUUUCCAGUAGAAAAACACACAGACGUUGUGUUUUCUUCUUUACUUCCUUGAGAAGACUGAAAACACAGAUGGCUGUGGUGUCUAAUGACUCUAUUGGGAUUAUUAUUUUUUAAAUAAAAAGCCAUAGUGUAUGUCUAGAUCGGCUGCCGGAGUAUUAUGUGAACCUGUGUUCACCGUGUUUCCUCUGUUUUCUACUUUUCUUCAUGUGCUAAGAGCAGUGUGCCUGUCUUCGUAGGGAAGCGUGACUCCGCAGAAGGUUUAUAGUAAGCGGUAUUUUGCACUAUGACAGAUGCACAGUUUAUUAUCCUGUCACUUCUGGAAACCGCUGUGGGACCUUGAGAAUUCUCCAGGCACAUGGGUGGAGAGGAAGGAAGCGCUCACUUCUCCCCCUUUCCACUUUUACUUCAGAACAGUUGAGACUCACAAUUAAAGGUCAGUUUUAUGAUUAGCUUCUAGAACAGUACCCGGUUACUUUCUCCUGUUGAAAUGAUGGUCUCCUGAAAAGUAGAGCUAUUUGGUUAAAGUAUUUCCCCCCUUCGAAACAGAAGAAAGAGCAGUGUUCCCUUGAGCUUUGAUCUCCGUUUGCAGCUCCUCGUCCCAGAACCCCUCCCUCUGGGGCCAUCUAUAGAGCUGGUCAGUUUAGGACCAUUUAGCACGUGUCUUUUUAGCCAUUUGGUUCCUCAUUUUGCUGCUAAGUAUAAUUCUUCAGUAGAUUGAAGCAUAGUGCCGGCCACUCGGUUCUGUGAUUGUUUUAACAAUCUCCUUUGCUCUCUCUGCAGGGGUAUGUGUCUGUGUAUCUCUGUGUUGGUGUCUGAAGAUACAUGCUUCCUGCCCCCUAGUUUUAUGUGAUACCCCAGAGAGAAUUUCACCUCAUCUUUAUCUCAGAAUAACGUUGAAAGAUUCUGGUAUAGAUUUCCAUUUUAUAAAAGUGACAUUUCAUCUGCUCUGAAAUUUUCCUUUGGGAAUGAAGUCAAAGGAUGUGUCUUCCCCCACUCUUCUAUAUACCCCUCAUCCUCCUGUACAGCCCCCAUUUUCCUGUAUGUACCCCACUCUUGUGAAUUCCCCCUCCUGUAUGUUCCCCAACUCUCUAUGCCCCCCGCCUGUAUGUUCCCCAACUCUCUAUGCCCUCCUCUCCUGCACAUCCCCCCACUCUCCUGUAUGUACAAAAAAACAGUGGACUUAAGGGCUUGAUGUGUUAUCAAGCCUCGUGAAUUCAGGUUUCUAGUCUCCCAGUGCCCUUAAUGGAUGUUAGGGACGCCUAAGUAUGGUUUCUUUUAGAGAAAAAUGUUAGAUUUAUAGAGUUAUUUCUAUAUUCCUUUGCACUUGUUCUAUGACACGCCAGUGCCAGGUUGCCUACAAAAACUCAACUUGUUUCUAAACUCUGGAAGCUGAUAAGUCACUGCCAAGGUCAUUGUCAGAGGUCAUGUGGAUGUGCGGAACCCUUGGAAGUUCCCUGGGCUGAGGCUGUACUGUGCAGUAGGUGGGGCCGAGGGUAGCAGGGUAUUGAGGCUGCAUGGUAGUGUCCCGUGAAAUGAACUCGGUGUGGAAAUUAUCCCUUGUCUGACCAAGCUGUGGUGGCGUCUGAGUCAGUUAAGUGAGCUCUCUGUUGGUUUCAUUUUGGGAGGCCUUGUCCUGUUAUAUGAGACAACCCCCCUCUUCCCCAGGAAUCGUCUGUCUCAUGAUAUGCCACAGUCAGUCAUGGACGGACAGACGUCCAAACAAAGGCAGCCUUAGUCCAGAACGAGGUAGAUUUCAGGUCCAUCCGUGUGCAGCUUUGCUGUCCUCUCUCAUGACUGUGUCUUGUUAGGAGGGCCAUCAGAACACCCAGAUCCAAGGCCACUUCCCAUCUGGAUCCCUCUGCCUUUGGAGGGCAUCAGCUUUGAAGUCCAGCUACAGCCCAUGCAUGCCCUUUGGUCUUUUAGACGUCACCCGAGCAGAAGACUUGGCUGGUCUGGGUUAGUCUGUGUCCUAUCACUUGCAAACCCGUGCCUGUUGUUUUAUGCUUGUCUGCCUGCCUCACACAAGCUGAAUUUUGCGUGUUUUUUUUUUUCCACACCGUUUGUCUUAAAGAGAACUUUCUCCUCAAGUCUUUACAUUUUAGUUCACUGUGAGCUUGGGAGGUCAGCGAGGAGUUUCUAAGCCCUGGCAAUGAGUGACGGACCGUGCUCAGAGAGCGUGUGCACGUCCUGUGAUCCGAGGCGAAUCAACCCCCUCGCCCCACAAAGCUGCCCUGCAGAGCUUUGAGUAGCCCGCAGUCUGCAGUCUAAAUAAGGCGAAGAGAUGGUGCAUCUUCUUCCUGUGACAGCAGCCUCUUCCAUCCUGUGUCGCCUGGGACUCGGCCAUAGCCAUCUACGGAUGGUGAUGGGAAAUGAGUCUGGACAGAGAGGAAGCGGCUACACAGGGCUUUCUCUGUGGAGGGGUUCUGGAACAGCAGGUUGGCUCUGUUAAGUGUCAGAAUUUCGCUGAAAGUAUUUACUAGCUGUGAGGUGUGUGCCCACGCAGUGGAGUGUCUUUCGAGGGGGGGACAUACUCUGUUGGUGUAUGCAGAAGUUUAAUGUAGAUAUUUGAACAGGUGUUUUAGGAACGUUCUACCUUGCCUUCCUACUUUAAGUCUCUCUUAGGAGUUUUUUUUUAAUACGAUGUAAAAAAUGCUUAGUUGCCUUUUGUUGUGGGUGAGUGAGUGGAUGGAUACUAACCGUGGAACUAGCUUCUCAUGAGACAUUUAUACGAAUGGUGUGUGGUGGCAUUCCUCCCCAUUAUCCGUAGAGAUUCUUUAUGGAACUCCCUUUCUCUGUCGCUACCAAAAAAGUCCUGGCUCGUGGUCCUAUGUGACCUUGUGUCCGUUAAGCCCCAAAUAUGAGUGCCUUUAGCAAGCGAUAGCAUUUCACAGAGGGUGGAAGUGACAGAAUUAAUGCAGCGAGCCACCGUCCAUAAAAUAGCUUGAAAUAGUAAAGGUCCUUGUCAGUUCUGUUCUAUGUCUCCCCCCCACCCCCCUUCUUAGUGCAAUCUCAAUUUGCUAUUGGGUAAAACUGCACUCUAUAGAAACCUGGUUACCGUGGUUGGCUGUAGUCACUGGGUGGGCUAUGUCCUGAUUGCCGCAGCCGGCAGCAGUCGCCUGGGCGGGCUGUGUCCUGCUUGCCACAGCUGGCAGUAGUCGCCUGGAUGGGCUACGUCUGGUUGCUGCAGCUGGCAGUAGACGCCGGGGUGGGCUAUGUCCUGGUCGCCCUGGCUGACAGUAGUCCUGGGCGGGCUAUGUUUGAUGAUGCAGAGAAUUCAGCGUGAGAUGCUGAGGUUAGAAAAACUUCCUAUGCUGAUGGUGCCCUGGCUUGGUUCUUCUGUAGGGCAGAGAGAAUUACGUAUCUGCACAUAAAGUGCACUGAGGGACAGCCUGGGACAGCAGCUCCGGGUCAUCUGGUGUGGAUGGAGGGGCCUUCCCAAGCAAGCUUGAGGCCUUUGAAAGCAACAGUUUUCUUACUUUGAUUAACUGAAAACUUCAAAUUCCCUGAGUCUUUACAAUCUUUCGAAUGUAUGACUAAACUAAUUUUUGUGUGGAAAUAGCAGUGUUGGCCUCAACGUUUUAUUAUGAGGAAUUUUGGUUUUUGUCAAGGCGGAAAGCGUUUGCAGCGUACCUAACGGUGGGUGUCCUCCCCUGCCAACAUCUCCCCACUUGCAUUUCCACGUUUCUCCCCAGGAGCCCAUCACCGUGAUCGUCUUGUCUGUCCGUCGUCAGGACACAGACAGUGCCCCUGCUGUGGGUGUCGUGCACUAGGAUUUAACAUUUAACCGCUAAUACCUUAGCAAAGCCUCCCGUGUCGGUCAUCACGUGAGCCAGUGACCAGUCCUGGUUCUCCCCUGUGACAUCAGCCUUCCAUGUUUCUGUUCUUGGAGUUUCCAGCAAGUCUGCAGCAGGUCACCUGGCCCUCACAGGCUACAUCCCCGACGGGGCUAGCUGUGAGCCCUCCCUGGGCGCUGUGGCCACUCACCUCCUAUCCUGUAUGUAUCAGAAUCAACGCUAAGACAACAGUCCCGUCCGUUGAGGGGUGGGCGAGCCUUAGGGCUGUCUGCAGCCAGUCACGCUGAGGAAAACUGCCUGUCUCCAUCCUGUGCUCACCUGCUCUGCAGAACUGAAGGGAGACUGACGGGCAGAUAACUCAGGGCCCAAACUUGAUUGCUUCUGGAUAUUAACCUUAGGCUUCCAAAGUGAACUGAAUGCUUCUUUUGGGCUCUUAGUAGGGCUGUGUUUAUUUUUGUGAAUUAGAAUCUUAUUUUUUGACAUUUCACAAUUCUUUUGGCAUAAAGAUAUUCUUGGGCAUUCGUUGUGGUUUUCUUUUGUAAAGGUUCAUCUAGCCCAGGCUAGUCUUAAUUCUAUCUACUAUGUAGCUGGGAUGACCUUGAACUCCCAAUCCUCCUGCCUCCAUCCCUUGGUGCUGGGAUUACAGGCAUGUACCACCAUGCCAGGCGAUAAUCGUAGUUUAAUUGCUAAACUCUCACUGCGCUGUUGAACACCAACGAAUGCAGGGUCUGUCUGAUUCUUCGGUCUUUCGAUGGCGUUCAUGGUCACUGUUACAGUAAGUGUUCCAGCAGCCCCUCCCUGUGGACAUGGUGUUCGUUAUCCCUUACCACUCACGAGGUCUCUAUCUGAUUUUUCUUUUCUUCCUUUUCUUUUUAAAGAAAGUGACUCCGCAUGUCGGGAUGAGUGAUACUGCCUUAGGGCAAAGGCAGCAUCCAUACUUGGGAACAAACCUCUUGGAAGUGGCUGGUCAUUGUUCUGCCUUCUCUUGGUACCUGUCAAAGGCUCUGUGAGCCGGUGUGUCGUCUUGUAAGAGUCUCAUGUCGACUCUGCUUACCUGUGGUCCCCCAGUCAACCGCAGUGACCUGGCGUGGGUUUGGUGUGUCGUCUUUGAAAUGCCUUACUGGGUAUGCUGUCCGCUGAGACCCACAUGACUUCUCUGGGAUGCGUGCUCUCGAUCCGGAAGCAACGCGGAUCUCGCUUUCAGUAUCAAGGGUGCAUUUUAACGCAGUGGUUGUCUUAAGCUAGGAACGAAGUAGAAAGCCAAGAGACUUUGGAACCCUUCACGUGAUCAAUCCCAUGGCGAGCUGUAAAUGUGCUUUUGCUGAUUUACUCUUAAGAAUGCAGCUGAGAAGUACCAGUCCGAACCACAGAAGUGGGGCUGUGCCCUGGGAUGCUCUCCGCUUGUCACUCGGGGGUUGAAGACCUGAGCAGGCUGUCGGGCAGUAGGCCAGUCUCUGUUUGGAGAUCUCCUGUUCAGGGGGGGCUACAGAGCUGAUGGAUAUGUCACAGGCUUCAAACCAAUCAACUGUGAAUUGUGAAAUUGAAAUUGCCCUUUCAGUUUUAUUUUCUUCUGCCUAUUAAAUAUAGAAGUCUGAAUGUUAUUUAAGCUUCUACUGCUUACGUUGAUGGCUCAUCUUGGCUGUGUAUUCUCACGUAUGUACUGAUUUCUGAUAAAGGCUUGAUGAUAUUGUAACAGGCUUUUUGUUCAGUUUAAUAAAAUGGUUUUUGAGUCUUGUCUCAAAAGUGAUUAUGAGUUGGAAAUCACGGGU